AUGUUUGAGGAGCAGGCGACAAAGGUGAAGCUCACGUCCGUGGUGAUCGUGGUGGGCAUGUCAGCGAUGCUGGCGGCGGUGGUGACCGACCACUGGGCCGUGCUCAGCCCACGGGUGGAGAAGCUCAACGCCACCUGUGAGGCAGCCCACUUUGGCCUCUGGAGGCUCUGCAAGAAGAGCAUCUUCAUCGUGGAGGCGGACCCUCAGGGCAAAGGCUGCGGCCCCAUCAGUUUACCUGGAGCAAAAAACUGCUCCUACUUCAAACACUUCACCUCGGGGGAAGAAGCUGAAGUUUUUGAAGUCAAGACCCAGAAAGAGUACAAUAUCUCAGCAGCAGCCAUCGCCAUCUUCUCCCUGUUCUUCAUGAUCCUGGGCACGCUCUGUGUCAUCUUCUCCUUUGGGAAGGGCCGGGACUACCUGCUCCGGCCUGCUGGGAUGUUCUUUGCCUUUGCAGGUCUCUGCAUCAUCAUUUCUGUGGAGGUAAUGCGUCAGUCUGUUAAGCGUAUGAUCGACAGUGACGAGACCAUCUGGAUUGAAUACUACUACUCCUGGUCCUUUACCUGCGCCUGCGCCUCCUUCACUCUCCUCAUCCUCAGUGGAGCUGCCCUGCUACUCAUUUCCAUGCCCCACAUGCCGCGUAAUCCCUGGGAGACCUGCAUGGACGCCGAGCCUGACACCCUAGAUUAGAGACAGGUGAUGCAGCUGGCAUGUCUGAAGAAAUGAUACAAAAUACAAGUGUUUUGCAUCUUUAACCCUGUAAUGACUGAUCCUCUCCAAAAUACUUUUACAGGUGUUUUCCAAAUACUGAGGUUUGUAGCUUGAUUUUCAACCUCUCCAUUGAUUUCAGUUUGUGUACGUAAAAUAUUAAAGAGCCACAGAGAGACUUGUAAUGAAGUUCACAUUAUCUAAAUAUGAUCAGGAAGGGAUGCUUCUUUGCUGGUGUGUUCAAGAGCUGAUGAAUACUCAAGUAAUAUUCAACAGUCAUCUCCAAAACAGCAUCUUCUUCCAAGAAGGCAUUUUCAAAAUUCACAUCAUCUUUUUAAGAAAGGUCUGUGUUGAGUUAUUUUUGUUUGGUGUUUGGUGCCUGAAGCAAAUUCUUAUCUGCUUACAUUUGCCUCUCUCAGAUAAGUGAGCAAAGACACAAGCUUAACUGUUGUUUAUUAAUCUAAUUUUGCCUCAACACAAUAACAAACAAUGCAUAAUUGAAACAGUAAAGAGAGAUCAUUUUGUAUUUAUUUGUAAUGUUGAUUUUACAAAGAUACACUAAUCUUCUAAUUCUGAGUUUUAAUUUGAAUAUUUCUAAAUUCAGACACUGAGUGAAUAUUCAGCGAACGACACCUUUUUAUAUGGUGACGAUAUCAAUUUCAACUUCAUUGAAAUGCAGUUUUAUCUCAAAAUGAACUGUCACCACUGAACACCAUUAACUUUGUUUAACCUUC